UUUGGAAGCAAGUGCUUAUUAUAUACACUACUUCAGGGCGCCAUUGAUGCAGCAUCCGGCUGAAGCUGAUUCUUCAGGAGUCUGUCGUCUUUCCACUUUCUACCAGAGGACGAAAUAGCCCAGGCAAUAAUUAAUUCCACAUUUCUUGUUGCUAUCCAUUAAUUAAAGUCUUUUUCUUUUUUGGGUUUUCUCUUCCCCGGGUAAAUGGGUUCUUCCGCCAACCUUCAAGGAAGGUGACGUCUUGGGACGACAGACAGCGAAGGGGGGGAGAAAAGGAGAGUAAAGAAGGGAUACCCACACAGAAAGAAAAGUGUGGUGGUGGUUACAAGUCAAAUUUAUACGCCGACGAGGAGGACCAGAAGAAGCUAACAAAGUAUUGAAUUAUUUUGGAGGCUGACUUUCCAGGCCAUUUUUAGGGUCCCCUCUUUCUGGGUUUAUUUCUGUGCUGUUGGGAGUUAGCAGCUGUUUCUUUUUCGUUACAGAUCUCUCUGCCUCCCUCUCUGCCUCCUGGGUGGCUGUCCAAAAGGGUUAAGCUUUACUCUUGAUUUGGAUGGUGUGGUUUGGAAGCUUAAGGUCUCGCUGAGAAGUUGGUUUAUCAUUAUCGAAUAUCUGUUGAUGAAGGAAUUUUUUCUAUGGAUCCAAAUCAGGGUCUAAGCUGUAAGCUCAAUUUUUUCUUCUUCUUUUUGUUGCAGAGUCCUGAGAGAAGGUGAUAAAGAGAUGGCUGAUAAUGGAAGAGUCCAUCCUGAGUGUGUUAAUGCUGGCAAUCCCUAUCAUCAAUGUGGAGUAGCUUGCCUGGAGAAGAUUGCUCAGGGCAUAACUCGAAAGUCUAUGAGCAAGAAGAAGUCAGAUAGUCCAAGAAGUGUCAAACAAGUUCAGCUUAUCAGAAAGAUUGAUGGAGAAAGAAGAGUUGCAAAUCCAAAUUGUCCAAAAGCUGCCAAUCCUUACCAUGAAUGUGGCAAAUAUUGUACUAACAAACCUGCUGAUGCGAACUUUCACGACACUGAUAAAGAUGAAGGGCCCUUCCUUCUUGGUGCCCCUGUGAGCAUGAUAAGGAAAACGAAGGAAGCUUUGUCUCAGCCAAAUUCACCUCAUGGUGUCAACAAUAAUGUGUCUGCUGCAAAAGCAGCUAAUGUUGCUGCCAUCGCUUCACCAAGAUCGCCUGUCUCUAAAACCGACUCCAAUGCUAACUCUAACAAGAAGGUGGUGGAGUCAGAUAACAGCCAGUCAACCUCCUCAUCUGAAGAGGAAAUUGAUUCCCGAGAGCAGUCUUUCCAUGAGACCCAAGCUCCAACUUAUGAAUCAGUUCCUGCCUCUGGGAUCAUCCCGCCUGAUGGUCCCUUGAGCCCUAACAAGGGAAGUUUUACAUCCUUUGUGGAUCCAAAACCCACCAAACAACAACAUGAAGAGAAGAAUCUCACCACUUCUUCACCCAAGGGAGCUUCAUCUCCUAAACCUGGUGAUGCCAACAAUGAUGAACCCAUUAUGAAAACCAUGGAGUUCAGCUUCUCAGGCAUCUCGCACGUGUCUCAUGACAGUGAUGACGACGAGGUGCAGUCUGUUAUCUCUGAUUCAUGUGUAUCAGUUGGAAAAUACCAUGUCAGGGCAACCAUCGCUUCAAUCCUAUCCGCUAUCUUUGCCAAGUACGGAGACAUAGCUGGGAACUGUAAGCUGGAAUCGGUUUCAAUGCGUGCAUAUUAUCUGGAGUGCCUGUGCUCCGUGGUUCUGGAACUGCAGUCCCUUUCCAUUAGGCAGCUAACUAAAUCCAAAGUCAAAGAAAUGUUAGCAGUUCUCAAGGAUGUGGAAUCAGCAGGGAUUGAUGUGCAUUGGCUUCGUGAUAUCCUCAACGACCUCACCGAAGUAGUCGAUCUCAACAGUCAGCAUCAAGCUGCUGAAUUAGCCAAAGCUGAGUGUGAUCACGCUGUGGAGUCGGUAAAUAGAGAACUCGAAUCCAUGAUGGAGGAUAUGGCUCUAAAAGAGCAGGCGGUUGCAGAGGCCAGAUCGAAAGUCGAGCAAACGAGGGCCCGGUUAUUGGAAUUAGAGGCUGAAUCUUCCAAGUUAAGCGAAGCUGUUUCUUCAACUUGGUCCUUGGUGGAGAAGUUUCAUUCGAAAUCCCUGGCGGAUGACAUAUUGUGAGUGCAUGCUGGUCAGGUGCUAACUAUUCCUAAUUACCACGGUAAUCAGAUCGUGCUCAAGUGUAACAUCUUGAUAAGGAACACCAUAGAAAUGGUAUGCUUGGUAUGAGGUUUCUGUAUCAUGCAAUUGAACGAUUUGCAGUAGCUUAACUCUGUGUUAUAUCAAGUAAUCUUGAGUUUGAGUAUAGAUUGGCUGUUUGUUUUUGGGUGAUCAGUAGGUCUCCAUUGCUGAUCUGUCCACCCUGCCAGCCUGAAACCGUUUAUAUCUUUAAAUGUAGAUUGAGUUAUGUAAUGUUUGACGUGAUAAACAAUCAAAUGUGCAACUUACAGGAAAUCUCAACUUACAGAAUGUUAAUAUCCCCGGGUUUGAAAUCUGCACUUGUUUUUGGUCAAAGGGGGUGCAAUCGACUCUUUGCUAACCGGUUCACAUGUUAGCUGGUUAGCAUUGAACCGGUUAGCAAGCUAGAACCGUGUCAUUCAUGACUGUU